UACACGCUGCUUGCACUUAAACACGCAAGUAAUGAUAAAUUAGACAUUUCUCGGAUCGCACGUGGAGUCCGUAUCCUGAGCCUGGUGCACGCUCGAUCCCUCUCUCCCUCUUUUUAAUGGCACCCCUCUCGACGCUUCUGUGGCUCACCGUCUGCGCGCUCACGUCCGCAGCACGCGCGGUCGAGGUGUGCGGGGGAGCGCGAUGCCCGGGAGCGUGCGCGGGCGCGCGGUGCGCCUCGGGUCGCGGGGACGCGCUCCGGCGCCCGGCGGUGCCCUACACCAUCAUCCACCCGUCCGCGGGGGCGCGACAGGAGAGCUCCAGGAGCGGCGGCGCCACGGCGGAGGCGCAGACGCACGUGCGUGCACGUGCCCAGGCACAGGGACAGGCACGCGACGGCUGCGCGGGCGGAGAGCAGUGCGCGCAGACCAGGCGGCGACCGUGCGCAGGACGCGAGUGCAUCACGCACAUGCGCGACGGAGCGGAGCGCGCGCCGCGGGAGUUCGGCACCCAGAACGGGAUACAGCUCACAUGUGACGUCACACCAGGCACUAAUGAAGUCCCAUCUGAGGAUGCCCUAGUGCUGCAGAUUCACUUAGCCAAGGGGCAAGAGAAGCUUGUGGAGGAGCUCCGGUCUCAACAUGCUGAAGUCAGUAAUCUUCAGAAUGGGUUAAAGGAUCAGCAGGACGUCCUGCUGGCCCAACAGAAGGAGAUACUGGACCAACAGCGGAGGAUUUUCGAACAGAUGGAGCAAGUAAAGGUGGAGUACCAAAUAGUUAUGGAUAACUUUAGAAAUGCGGCCCUGCACAAAGAUCUAGAGGGCCACCUGGACAGCCACAGGUCCGAGAUAAAAACACACACAAUGGAGGCCUACACCAUACCCAAGGUGGAAAUGGCAGAGAGUGUGGUGGAGGUGGGAAGACAGAUGCCUGAGUGCAGCUCCUGUCAAGAAGACGAGUAUUGCGAUUUUAGCGGAGAAUGGCCAAGGUGCGAGAAGUGUACUGUUUGUCUUCCAGGAUUUUUCCUAGUGUCCCAGUGCUUAAUUCAUGCCGACAGGAUUUGUCAGGACAGAGAUGAAUGCUUGGAGAUACAGCACUUAUGUGGUGGUGACCAAAACCGAUGUCUUAAUACACCGGGUGGAUACAGAUGUACAGGAAUGUCGUCAAAAGACACAGCUUCUGGAAUGUGUGGUCAUUCUUAUUUCUACAAUUCCCAGCUGCAGGAAUGCCAGGCUUGCUCGGAAUGCGAUUCCCAACCUGUGGCAUCUCCUUGCUCAGCCAUGAGGGACACCAUUUGUUCAAGCUCCUCUGAAACCAGAUUCUCUCUUACCUGGUCCGGGGAAGUUUCCCUGGUCCAAGGUAGUGAGUUUCCUAACAUGCAAUUGCACGUCCAAGGACACAGUGAUGAAGCACUCGUUUCUUGCACCAACAGUUGGUUAGUUUUGCAUCAGCACGGACUUGUCUGGGUCGAUCAUAACCUAGCUUUAAGGCAUGGAUGCCGUAGUUUUAUCCAAGCGGGUUUGAGGUUGAAUUCCAGCGAGGAUGGAGGGAGGGACCUAAGUGGAAUGCGCAUGGAGCAAAGGGAUGGAAAAUCUCUCCAGAGUGUCAGUGUGACCGGGGUGACUAUUGUGGAUCCAGGUCACACAUUGUCCCUGUUCCUCAGAAGCACUAGCAAUCACUGUAAUGCAGAAAAUGAUAAAGUGCACCUUCAGAGUGGCCUCAUGGCACCUUUUAGUUUGCUCUGGCUCUCACAUGAUACAGGUGCUAUAGCCAUGACUGCACAGACUGUGGUUGCAGCACACUUCCAUACCAAUUUCCGACCUUCCUUUCGUACGGUGUCCAUCUCUGAUCCUUACAUGGUGACCCUGAGCCAUGACAAUCGUGGUGUCCGUUUUACAGAGAAGGGCACGGUAAAAUUUGUCCUGCAACAAGCAGUCUAUUCGAUGGGUCAAGCUUGUGUAUCUGAGGGAUUCUUCCUGGUAGCGUAUGUCAACCGGAAUGAAAGCAGUGUUGAACUGACGCGAGUCUUCAAGCCUGGUGUUCACUACAGGGACACAUCCAUAUCUCUUUCCGCUGCCGCUGCAGUGGAGGCUGGAGACACUUUAACUUUUGAAAUCCUGGCACCAGCACAGUGCAGCGUGCGCUACUUCUGCGACGACUCUGGGAUUAGCAUGCUAAGUCUGCUGUGGAUCCCUUCUUCUGUGUCCUCUGCUCUGUCGGCCACCGUAUCCAAAAGAGGUCUUCCUUUUGGUGCUGUAAGAAACAAGCCCUUAUUUUUUCACCAAACGUCCCCGACAGUGGCGCAACUACAACUAGCAAGCGCAAACAAGCAGCACGCACAUCGUAAUUUCAUCUUCUGGGAGGCAGGAACUGCUAGUGUUGCUCUUGAUUUGAGGCUGAUACACUCCUGUAGCAGGAUCGACCUCGUUUUAGUUCAGCAAGGAGCUUCGCCGACAGUCCUCGCUCGCCAAAUCGGAGGUCAGAUGCCGGAAGGUAGUGAAUGGGCUAGCUUAGGGCUCAGGGUGUCAUUCUCAGUGCAAAACGGAACUGAAGUGUAUGUCACGGUGGACUGCGUGCGCGGACGUCUUAACCAGAUCGCCCAUGAUGCAGGAAGUAGCAUUUCCAUCCUCUGGGUCGCGGCAUAAAUUUAGCAGAUAUCUUAGUUAAGUAUGAUUUAGGUUGUUAACAAUGACUUCAUAUAUGGUCUAGUACAAGUAGUAGAGAACGUAGCAUUUCCAGCAGUAUGUCAUAUGCUGUAGCACAUUUGAUGCAACUUGUAUGUCACAGGAAGUGCCAUUUCCAUGUAGGUACACAGCUGUAGCACGCUUUAAUAAAUUAGCAGUAGUCUGGUAUAAGCCUAGCACAGACAAUGAUACAGGAAAUAUAAUAGAUUUCCAUUCACUAAAAAUGAUUGGGGCUUAAGCAGGUCCUGUUUUAGCUUGUUAGCAAUAAUAGCGUGUAUAUAGGAUGUGACACUUAGAAGUAGCUUUUAGAACAUGGAACAUGAAUUCAGAAGUUCAUGCAUCACAGGAUGCAACAUUUCUAUUGGUAAUCUUUUUUUCUUUUUAGCAUGCUAGCAGUAGUUAGUACUGAACAUGUAGAGUAGAAACAGGAAGUAGCCAUCUCUCCAUUUAGCAUGUCUUAGCUUGUUAGCAAACACAAUACAUUAUAUCCAGCAUUGCACAGGUAGCGACACACAGGACGACUAGCCUUUAUAUCCAUAUAUAGACCGCGACAAACAUUAGGCAGGUCAGGAGAGUUAGCAUGUUUGCAGUUAAUAUCUAGCCUGUCAUGUACUGUAGCCUAUCGUUAUUAGCGUGAUUAUAUCUCAAUAGUUCUCAUGAUGACACUGAAUUAUUUUUGUGGUAUUGUUCAAUUAUAGCUUGUAUUCAGCUGUGUAAAUUAUACAGUGUUAUGUAAAAUAUGCUAUCCAUGUCAGCGUGUGUGUGUGUAAACUUUUUGUGAAACGCUUAACAGACUAACCUUAUUGCCCUUGUCUAUAUAGCUUAGCUAAAGCAUUGGGGUCAUUUAAAAACAUUUUAUAUUUCUUUUUUAUUUAAAUGCAGCUGUGUGUAUUUACAGGCAAAGUAAAUAUUUAAUUCCGGUCCCUGUUGUAUUAUUCAUAAACAUGUUAGUAAUUGUACUGUAUGAAGUAAGAAUGAAAAAUUUAAGGCAAGAAUUAAAGUACAAACGGGCGUUCGAGUCAAAGCAGGAUUUCAGUUCAGAAAAUAAAACCUUUCUUUAUUUCUCUAUAUUAUCCUCUGCUACACAAAUGCACUUACGGCAGUGUUUCACUAGUGCUUGGACACCAUCAAGGUAAAAACGCUGGCCUCCCAGGAACUCCUUAAAUGCACCAAACAUAGCCAGGAUCGUCAUUCACGGACGUACGGCCUUCUUUAAAACGUUCCCACCGUUCAAAUGUUUUACCGCGGCUAAGAGUCUCAUCACACCAUACUGUGCUUGAGGUCUUGUGUGAGUGUUACGCUUUCAUUCACCAGAAAUUUAAUUACAAGUCCCGGUUUGACUCGAACGCCCCUUGUAUUUGUAUUUGUAUUUGUAUUUUGCUGCUUGAAUUUUUUUUACUGUGUAUUUUGUAAGCGAGAACGAUUAUAGAGAUGCAUCUUCAGUUAUAUAAACCAACUGUUGUUUGAUGAGAAAUAAACAAAGAUAUGAAAUGCUGA